GAAGAAUAAUGGAGAUGGAAAAGCAUCACAAACUGCCAUUGUUUGAGACCAAAAGAGCCAAAGGAAGAAUCAUAUACAGAGUAUUUGGUUCAUCUAUAUUCGUUGGAAUAUGUGUGAUAUGGUUUUACAGAUUGAGUUACAUACCAAAACAAGACCAAGAUGGAAGAUGGGCUUGGAUUGGUUUGCUUGGAGCUGAGCUCUGGUUUGGUUUCUACUGGAUUCUGACCCAAUCCCAUCGUUGGAACCAAGUCUAUAGAACCACCUUCAAGGACAGACUCUCUCAAAGAUAUGAUGAUGGUGAGUUACCAGGUGUGGACAUAUUUGUAUGCACAGCAGACCCAACAAUAGAGCCACCAUUAAUGGUGAUAAACACAGUCCUAUCAGUGAUGGCCUAUGACUAUCCAACUGAGAAACUGAGUGUGUAUUUGUCUGAUGAUGGAGCCUCUGAUCUUACUUUCUAUGCACUAUUGGAGGCUGCAAACUUUGCCAAGCAUUGGAUUCCAUACUGUAAGAAAUUUCAGAUAGAGCCAAGGUCACCAGCUGCCUAUUUCAGGUCCAUCUCUUUGUUACCUUCUCUAAAAGAUUCUGAUCAAGCUCGUUCAUUUGUUACUGUCAAGAAAUUGUAUGAAGAGAUGGCAAAUAGGAUUGAGGAUGUCACAAAGUGGGGCCAAUUAUCAGAAGAAGACAAGUCAAAACAUAAUAGUUUCUCCUUCUCUGACUGGGACUCAUCAAAUUGGUCCAGGGGUGACCAUGACACCAUUCUUCAAAUAAUAAUUGAUGGGAAAGAAUCAAAUGACAGAGAUGUUGCUGGUUGUACACUGCCAGCUUUAGUAUAUUUGGCUCGAGAGAAAAGACCACAUAUUCACCAUAACUUCAAAGCUGGAGCUAUGAAUGCAUUGAUUAGAGUAUCUUCCAAGAUUAGCAAUGGAGAAAUCAUUCUAAAUGUGGACUGUGAUAUGUACACAAACAACUCUCAAUCCAUAAAAGAUGCCCUUUGCUUCUUAUUGGAUGAAGAACAAGGCCAUGAGAUUGCAUACGUACAAUUCCCACAGAUGUUUGAGAAUGUCACUAAGAAUGAUUUGUAUGGCAGUGAUCUUCUAGUGAUAAGAGAAGUGGAAUUCAAUGGUUUGGAUGGCUAUGGAGGGCCCCUUUAUAUUGGAAGUGGCUGCUUUCACAGAAGAGAUGUUCUUUGCGGAAGAAAAUUCGGUACCGAGUUGAAGAAGGAAGAGAAGAAAGAAAACAGAGAAAGAGAAAGUGUUCAUGAGCUAGAAGAGAAAGCUAAAGAUCUUGCAAGUAUUGCAUGUGAGAAAAACUCGCUUUGGGGAAAAGAGAUGGGAUUGAAGUAUGGAUGCCCAGUUGAAGAUGUGAUAACAGGGCUAUCAAUCCAAAGCCAGGGAUGGAAAUCAGUGUAUUGCACUCCAUCAAGACCAGCUUUCUUAGGAGUGGCUCCAACCUCAUUGGCCCAGACACUAGUGCAGCACAAGAGAUGGUCAGAAGGUGAUUUUCAGAUCUUGUUGUCCAAAUACAGUCCAGCUUGGUAUGCUUACAACAAGAUCAGCUUAGGUCUUCAACUUGGAUAUUGCUGCUAUUGUCUUUGGGCUCCUAAUUGCUUGGCUACUCUAUAUUACUCAUUCAUACCUUCACUUUACCUUCUCAAGGCCACUCCUUUGUUUCCAGAGGUGUCUAGUCCAUGGAUUAUACCAUUUGUAUAUGUGGUUCUUGCCAAGUACACAUACAGCUUAGCAGAAUUUCUAUGGUCUGGUGGGACACUCCUAGGCUGGUGGAAUGAGCAGAGAAUUUGGCUAUACAAAAGAACAACCUCCUACCUAUUCGCCUUCAUCGAUACGAUUCUAAACUUGCUCGGAAUCACCAAGUCAGCAUUUGUAAUCACGGCCAAAGUGACCGACGAAGAUGUUUCAGAGAGGUUUGAGAAGGAAAUUAUGGAAUUCGGGACAGCCUCGCCGAUGUUCACCAUACUUGCAGUACUUGCCAUGCUCAACCUCUACUGCUUUAUUGGGGUGGUGAAAGAAGCAGUCAUGGGAAAGGGUAUUGCCAGAGUUUUGGAGACAAUGCCUAUGCAGAUUUUGCUGUGUGGGGUUUUGAUCCUAAUAAACUUGCCUUUGUACCAAGGCCUUUUUCUGAGAAAGGACAAGGGAAAGAUGCCAUGUUCCCUGACAGUUAAAUCAGUUGCAUUUGCCUUAUUUGCUUGUACUUGUUUUACAUUUGUGUAUUGAACAAUGAUUAUAUUGCUGUAAAUUUUCUGCAAUUAUGCAAGCUUCAUACCCUUC